CUCACACACACACAGACAUAUCAUCAAACAUAUAGCCUAAGAGCCAACCAGUCAGCCAUUUUCCUCUUUCUCUCUCCUUUGUUUUCUCCCCUCCCCAAUGGCCGAUCAGCUCACUGACGAUCAGAUCUCUGAAUUCAAAGAGGCCUUCAGCCUUUUCGACAAGGAUGGAGACGGUUGUAUCACUACCAAGGAGCUUGGAACAGUCAUGCGUUCACUGGGCCAGAACCCAACUGAAGCUGAGCUGCAGGACAUGAUAAAUGAGGUCGAUGCUGAUGGCAAUGGGACAAUUGAUUUCCCAGAGUUCCUCAACCUUAUGGCUCGGAAGAUGAAGGACACUGACUCUGAGGAGGAGCUCAAGGAAGCCUUCCGAGUUUUUGACAAGGACCAGAAUGGCUUCAUUUCUGCAGCUGAGCUUCGCCAUGUUAUGACAAAUCUUGGCGAGAAGCUGACAGAUGAGGAAGUUGAUGAGAUGAUUCGCGAAGCUGAUGUUGAUGGUGAUGGGCAGAUCAACUAUGAGGAGUUCGUCAAAGUCAUGAUGGCCAAGUGAGGACCAAUCAACCUAAACCAAAUUUUAAGGGGGAAAACAAAAAAGGAAACGGGGCAGAUAAGUUUGAUGAGAUUUCUGUUUUAUCAUUAGGAUGUGUUGAAUUGGUACAUUACCUUUCAGUUGGGUGGUUGUCUGUUGUCUUGUCUGCAUUGUUUUGUAGUGCUUUGUUCUUUAAUAUCUGCUUGUUUGCUCUGUCUCCUAUUCCAGUAGUUUGGGUUGGUAGUGUCUCCUUUCUUGUUUGGUGCUUCUUUUUUCCUUUGGUAUUAUGAACCUAGAACAAUUGGGAGAGUCCUAUGUUUUUUCUUGUGGGUUACUAAUUUUGUUAAUAUUCCAAAAUAUCAGUAUUUGUCCUUGAUCUGCAGGAUGAUUUUUUUUC